UAACCCACCACCACCCUUUCCCCCUUCCACUCGACGCUCACUAAACACUAAUCCAAAACUAAAACAUGAUCGCCGGAAUCUCUCCUCUCCGCCUACCUCCUCCCAAUUCCAACGGAUCUACCUCGUUCCACGCCGUACUGAAGGCGAAACCGGUGGUGGAGCAGGCGUUUAGGAGGAGAUCGGAGAAUCUAUAUGAAGUUUUACGAAUCGGAAGAAACGCUACUACAACGGAAAUAAAAACGGCGUACCGUAGUUUAGCGAAAGUUUACCAUCCGGAUGCGUUGGAAUUCACGUCGCACGGCGGCGACUGUGAUUUUAUUGAAAUUCAUAAGGCUUACGCGACGUUAUCUGAUCCGGAGGCACGAGCGAUGUAUGAUCUAAAAUGGAGACGGAGAUCGGGAAUGUAUUCGGUUGUCGGAAAGAGGCCGGGGUUUUACGCCGGCGGCCGGCGAUGGGAGACCGAUCAGUGUUGGUAGAUGAUCGAUCUUCUCGGAGGCGAAAUAUUGUAUAGAAUUAU